GCCCCCCUCCCCCACCACAGCUGGCAGUCCUUGCCUGAGGGCGCCCUCUGCGGGGGCCACAUCUGGUGCAGUUCUGCCCUCUGGAGCCCCAUCCCUCAUCACUCCAUCCUUUGCCUAUACACUGAGCUGGACCCUAGGGACCCAAGGGUGGCUGAGGAAGUUUUCCUUCACAGGGUUUUCAGUCUGGCAAGAGACACACUUAAACUGGUAAAUUACAAGAGUUUCAAUCUAUUUACUGGAGGACCCAUCCAUCCAAAUAUUCUUUUAUUUUUUAAACAAUGAUGCCUACAAUGUGUUAAGUGCUGGUCACUAAGAAAAAUAAAAGGUACUCCUGCCUUUAAAGAGCCUUCUGGUCUACUAGGUUCCAGGCUUUUGUGUGUGUGCAAAACCCUUCUUUCAAAGAAUGAAAUCAUAAGUGGAUUCCUACCCCCCCCCCCACACACACACAUAAUAUAAACACAAAGUUGGAACCGUUCUAUAAAAGGAACUAGAUAUAAAAGAGUAUAAAUUGUGAAAUUCCAGACCAGGAGCAUCAGCUGGGAUGGGAAUUCGUUAAAAAUGCAAAUUAUAGGCCCUACUCCAAGUAUACUGAAUCUGAAUCUCUGGGAAUGGGGCAGUCUAUUUUGAUAAGUUUCCAGGGGAUUAGGAUCUAUGUUAAAGACUGAGAAACACUGGAAAGUAUACAAAAAAGCAAAACUAAUCUAGGCUGUCAAAAAUUAGAGCAGUAUUACUGAAACUGGGUUCCCCAGAAACCAAGUUCCCUUACUGAGUUUAUGAUUAAUCUCUCUAUCCAAAACUUUUUAAUCUUUUUUAUCCCCUCUGUCUAGUCAAAGCUUUGGUUUUUCCAGUAGUCAUAUAUGGAUGUGAGAGUGGGACUAUAAAGAAAGCUGAGCACCCAACAAUUGAUGCUUUUGAACUGUGGUGUUGGAGAAGACUCUUGAGAGUCCCUUGGACUGCAAGGAGAUCCAACCAGUCCAUCCUAAAGGGCAUCAGUCCUGAAUAUUCAUUGGAAGGACUGAUGUUGAAGCUGAAACUCCAAUACUUUGGCCACCUGAUGAGAAGAACUGACUCAUUUGAAAAGACCCUGAUGCUGGGAAAGACUGAGGGCAGGAGGAGAAGGGGACGACAGAGGAUGAGAUGGUUGGAUGGCAUCACUGACACAAUGGACAUGGGUUUGGGUGGACUCCAGGAGUUGGUGAUGGACAGGGAGGCCUGGCAUGCUGUGGUUCAUGGGGUCACAACGAGUCGGACACGACUUAGCGACUGAACUGAACUGAAGAGACAUUCUGACUCUGAAACUACUAUUAAGGAAUGUCACAGAAACAUCACAAGGUGAUGAUUAAUCCCAGCCUCUUUGUUCUUCCCCCUUUUUUUUUCCUUUUCUUUCUUUCUUUUUGCCCUACCACGUGGCAUGUGGAACUUCCCCAACCAGGGAUUGAACCCGUGCCUACUGCGGUGGAAGUCUUAACCACUGGACCACUGGGGAAGUCCAGUUCUUCCCCUUUAAAAACAAAAAACAAAAACCUAACAUUCAAAGACAAAGUUGAUGUGGAUCUGAGACUUGUCUCUUACUCCCCUGCUUGGCCCCCCUGCAAUAAACCCUUACUUUGCUGCAAACACCCUGUCAGAGCUUGGCUUUCUGAACUGUAGGUACACGGGCAAACUAUGCUUGGCUACAUUACCGUUAGGAGAGUGUUCUAGCCACAAAGAAGCUUCCUGGGUGAUGGUAAUACUCCUUUGCUUGAUCUGUUUACAUCAGUGUGUUCAGUUGGGGAGAAUUCAUCAAGUCAUGUAUUUAUGACAUGUAAAUUUUUUUGGGUGUGUGUUAUAUUUCAAUACAAAGUUUUAAAAAGGGAAAUGCUCUGGUUGAAGCCCUGGGAGGGGCAGGGAGAGGAAGGUCGAGGAGCCAUCCGCAGCUCUGCCCUUACCCUGCACACAGUCCUUGUGGGAUCUCCAAGGGAACCUAAAGUUCCUUGGAAUAUAGCUUGAAAUCAUUGAUCUGUCCCAACAGAGUCAGUGACUUGUCCAAGGUCCCAUAGAGCCAGCACCGGAACCCAAGUCUCCUGACUCCCAAAUUGGGGAUCUGGACACUAUUCCUUUGCUGAAGGGCCACAGUCAUGAGUCAGGACUGGGGGCAGCUUGUCAGCCUCCUAUCCCCUCCCCAAUCCCUUAACUUGGGUCUUGGGAAGAGGGCCAAGACGCUGGUGUGGACGAUGCUUUUCUUAUCCUGGAGCAACUUCCUUUCUGGGAACUGGGUGUCUCCUUUUGGGCAAAGACAAUAAAUUUCAUCCAAGGGGCCAGAGGCGCAGGGCUCCUCCUGCCCCCACCCGGAUGGGCAUCACGUGGCUCCCAGGAUAGCAGUCCAGGAAAAUCCCAGCCCUUGCACACUCAGCCUCCCACACCCAUCUGCUUACCCUGACACACUCAAGCCUCCCUGACCCACCUUGAACAUUCACCAUCGCAUACUCUCUGGCUCAUUUCUUUCACUCUCAGCUUCUCCCACUUCUCCCUGGGUAAUACUGCCAGCCUUUCCCUAACCCCAGAGCUGCAGGCUUUCCCUGUCGCUGCUCACCCCCUACCAUGUCCCUGGGACCAUUAAAAUUCCAGGCAGUGGGUGAAAAUGAGGAGGAUGAGGAAGCAGAGAGCUUGGACUCUGUGAAGGCGCUGACAGCCAAGCUGCAGCUGCAGACACGGCGGCCCUCAUACCUGGAGUGGACAGCCCGGGUCCAGAGCCAGGCCUGGCGCAGGGCCCAAGCCAGACCCGAGCCCAGGGGACCUGGGGCCAUUUGCGGAUUCGACUCAAUGGACUCUGCCCUUGAGUGGCUCCGACGGGAGCUGCGGGAGAUGCAGGCACAGGACCGGCAGCUGGCAGGGCAGCUGCUUAGGCUGCGGGCCCAGCUGCACCGGCUGAAGGUGGACCAAGUCUGUCACCUGCACCAAGAGCUGCUGAACGAGGCCGAGCUGGAGCUGGAGCUGGAGCCCGGGGGCGGCCUGGCCCUGGCCCCGCCACUGCGGCACCUGGGCCUCACGCGCAUGAACAUCAGCGCCCGGCGCUUCACCCUCUGCUAAGGGAUCCCUGCGUGUCUCCUGCACCACCCGCUACCCAUUCCCCAGCCCACCUGGGACGAAGGAAGAGAGGGGCGCCCCAGAAGAGCCAGCACCUGGAGAAGGGUCGGGGUAGAGCUGGGGAGAUGCUCAGAGCUCUGGGAGCUUAAAGCCCCAGCAUCCUGGGGCCCUGCUGCCCGGA